AUGGACGUGGAGACGGGGGCCAUGGGCAGCCUCCUCCUCAAGCUCGGCGACCUCCUCGCGGACGAGUACAAGCUGCAGGCCGGAGUCAAGAGAGGCGUCCAGUAUCUCAAGAGAGAGCUGACCAGCGUGUACGCCGCCCUCCGCAAGGUUGGGGAAGUGCCGCUGGGCGAGGUGGACGAGCAUCUCAGGAUCCGGGUAAGCAAGGCCAGGGACGUCUCAUACAGAAUGGAAGACAUCGUCGACAAGUUCGUGGAGGGGCCCGAGCCCACCUUACAGCUAAAAAAGCUCAGGCAGCUCAUGAAAAAGAUGCGUCGUUUGCUCCCCAAGGGCGAGAUCGCCGGGGAGAUCGAAAACAUCAACACCAACGAGGUUGGUGUGAAUUCAACUGCCGCAAGCAUGGUUGACCCUUGCCCGCUGGAUCAGAAAGAGCUGCUUGUUGGCAUUGAUGGUUCACUUAAUGAGAUAACCAAGAUUUUCUCAGAUGGGGAUGGUGAUGUGUCCAAGAAACUCAAGAUGCUCUCUAUUAUCGGUUUUGGAGGUCUUGGCAAGACAACUCUUGCCAAAGCAGUGUAUGACAAGCUCAAAGGGCAGUUUGAUUGUAGCGCUUUUGUCUUGGCAAGACAACUUUUGUCAGAACCCGGACGUGAAGAAACUUCUUAG